GAAUGAGAUCACUCGACGAUUAUAUUAUUUUUCUCUCAAUAACCUUUGCUUCUGUCGUCACGUAUCGUGAUGCCCGAUUAAAAUUGUUUUGACGACGAAGCCGGUGAAAUGGGUCGAUGAUUGCUGCAACGACCCGUCGCGAGUAUUGCCAUUGCGAUCCCAACAGAUUCUGCGAUCGUUUGACGAAAACCGAAUGAAACGUUUGAUCAAUCGUUUUAUCUAUGGAUACUUUUUCUUCCUACAUGCCUUUCAUAUCGACAAGCAUACCUCUAUCCAUGUCCAAACCAUAUGAAACGAUGUGAUAAUAGUUAGUACUUACGUACGACGAUCGUAAUAGCGCUUACGGUCUCGACGAGAUAUCACGAAUUUCCAUGCGAUUAACACGACUUUCAACGACGAAUUUUACGAAGAACGACAAGAUGUUAUUUGAAAAAUAUUAUUUCGCUUAGAUCGGAUAUUAACGAAUAACUAUGACAGAUUUCAAUGAAAUACAAGUACGACCAAGCGUAGACGAUAAUUCGACGAUUAUAUGAUUUAAUGGCGAUAAAGGAUUCUUCGAAGUAAGCAUUCCUCUAUCGAUAUAUUGUUUAUAUAGUUUCGCCGGAAGCAUAAAUUAAUUGACAUUGACGUAUUCAAAAUAAUUCGUAGAAUUUCCGGAAUGGCGUGAUAUCGUGAAAGUCGACGAAAAAAAUGCCUGAUCGUAAAAGGCUGUUCAUCACUCUUGGCUUUAUAACGAUAUAACGCUGAGAACAGGCGUGAUUCUUGAUCGAUUUUGAUGAACGAGGUCUCGUUUUAAAGACGAAGGUUUAAUCUAGGACACCAUUUUUCUCGAAUUUAUGAAAAAGCUUUAUGUUCUUUGAAAAAAGUCGUGUUAAAAUGUUACGUUCUUUCGAGAAUAGUUUAUGCAUAAAAAUAAAGCUUUUUCAAAAAUUCGAGAAACCUAUGUCCACGCUUAAAUUCACAUUGUUUUUGCCAUUUUUCGUAAAAAAAAAAAAAAUUUCGUACACUUUUGAACCUCGCGGCGAAAGAGUAAAAGUUGAUACUAUAUCGAUUUUCGUAUAAAAAGUUUGAACGACGAUCAUAUAAAAUUUUCUUUCAACGAAUUAAACGAUUAUUUCCUCGUUUGCACGCGUACAUCAAUGAUCAGAUUUUCAGAUCCAUUCCAAAUGCGGGGAAGUGCGUUUCGCGGUGUUCGCACAGAGAAGCCAUGGUAACUCAUUCAGGCAUUUCGAAGACGAUUUCAUGGUAAAAAUAAGGAAAUACGAUCUUAGUUUCUCAGAUCCCGUCAUAUUUUAUUUAUUAGAAACAUAAAAAUCUUAUUACAAACGUUUAGCAGAAUGUUUUUAAUUCAAUAUUUCAAUUCACUUAUAACUUUAUUCCAAAUGCGAGGCCAUUGAUCAUAUCUAAUAUGAAGGAAAAGGAAAUUGAAAGUUUCGAUAGUUUUACAAUUUUUUAAACGGUUUUUAAUGUACGCGGAAUACAAAAGACUAAUAUUAAAACGAUAAUACAUUGGUUUAACGAUACAAAAAACGUAACGCGAGAGAAAAUUAAAGUAAUUUCAAUUAAAAAUUUUAAUGCUUAAGAGUUCUAACCUUGGACUCAUCGGCCUCGUGUAAUAUAAACAUAGACGACUUUUAUUUACUUUGACUUUCGUCGAGUUAGUUUCCUUUUGUACUCCGACGAGUGAGCUUCGCAGCUCUCUCUUUCCGAACGCAAAAUCUUGGAAAUUAAUACUUUCGAUAAUUUUGCAAUUUUUUAAGCGAUUUCUAAUAUACGCGAAAUACGAAAAACUAAUAUUAAAAGGAUAAUACAUUCGUUUAACGAUACAAAAAACGUAACGCGAGAGAAAAUUAAUUUCAAUUAAAAAUUUCAAUACUUAAAAGUUCUAACCUCGGAAUCAUCGGUCUCGUGUAAUAUAAACAUAUACGACUUUUAUUUACUUUGACUUUCGUCGAGUUAGUUUCCUUUUGUACACCGACGAGUGAGCAUCGCAGCUCUCUCCUUCCGAACGAGAAAGCUUAAAAAUUAAUAUUUUCGAUAAUUCUACAGUAAUUUAAACGGUGUUUGAUGUACGCGGAAUACGAAAAACUAAUAUUUAAACGACAAUACAUUCUUUUGACAAUACCGUAACGCGAGAGAAAAUUAAAGUAGUUUCAAUAAAAAAUUUCGAUACUUAAAAAUUUUGAUCUCGGAAUCAUCGGCCUCGUGAAAUAUCAACGCAUUCGGGCUUAGGAAGAGGAUUCCUUUCUUGCAGAUUUCAAUUUUGGACUGGCGAUCCUUGGCGACGAGCGACCGAAGGACCGAUACGAAGAAAUCGGGUCUUUGAUGGACUUUACAAUUACUGGUUCAGUUCGGCUUUGUACAUCAAAGUUCUGACAGGAUGUCUUUCCCGCAAGUAUCAACGAAGACUUGAAAAGUUUAUUGCGAUCGCGCGCGUAGCAAUGAAGCAAUCGAGUGUUUGUGUCGCUAAACUAAACAUAUCGCGAAGUAGAAGCAGUGUUUGUUCGUUCGCGUUUCGCGAUUUAAAGCACGAGUGUUCUUUCAUGGACUGCGUGCAAUGCAGUCGCUAGAGUCAGUGAUCGUUUGCAAAGUUUUUUGCUUUUUUAACAGUCGAACGCAGACUGUAAUUAUAAAAGAUAGUAGAGUUUCGCAAAGUAAAUUCAGUGACCGUUCGUAAUUAAAUAACCAUCGCGAAUUAGAGUCAGUGCAUCGCCGGAGAGGAUCUCGACCAACUUCGAUGUCGACCUACCUCAUUUUCAACCAACUACCAAUCAUCCACCCUCAAUUUCGACCUAAAUCGCGGACGAGUGUUUUGGAUCCAUCGCAGAACUUCUCAAGUAGUGAGUGAAUCUUUAAGUCCCUCCGAUGACUCGAUCAUGUCGAGGACGAAAGGUCCGAAUCGGCACGAGUGAUCGGUUGUAAUUAAUAAGUAGAAGAGCAUUGAAUGACCACGAGUAAAUUUCCGAAGAAACCUUUCGAGAAUAGCUCUUAGUCAUAUUUUAAUGUUGCCACGUUGUCACUCGUAAUGCUCUUAUGGUGACGGGUGUGGUGGUAGAUUUAUUUUAUAAGAAAACUGAGACGAGCGUUCCGUCUCCGGUUGCCACAUUGCCGCGCGUACGCGAAUAGAAUUAUCACUAUAUUUUACGCAUUUUUAUUAUUGAAGUCGCGUCACAAAUUUUUCAUUUUUUUUUCUUUUCUAAAGUUCAAUUAAACUUAUAAUUUUGUUUUUAUAAAAUAAAGUUCUAUAUUAAAGUAAUAACUACGAAACGUAUGAUAUACUAUAUACCACUAAAAGUGCAUACGCAGCUGGAAGAUCAACGAGAAGCGUGUCAAUUUCUUUCUUUGCGUUGGGGGAAAGAAUACUUGUUUAAGUUAAGGUCGAGAAUUUGUCAUUUUCAUUUUCUCUUAUAAAUUUACAUUGAACUAAAUUCAGAAUUUUAUUUUUCAUGAAUAACACAGACUUCGUUUUAUCGUUCGAAAUUCGGAAAGCACGAACGUUCGUGUUUUACGGCGGUGUAUGUAGCUGCCGGUUGGACGGUCCUGUUAUCCGUAAGCGGACAACAAAAGCGGCCUCCUCCGGAUAACGUCCUAGAAUUCGCGGUUAGUUUAUGUCACUUCGCGAACGCCGGGAACGCGGGUUUUAGAGUAGAGUCACCGUUAGCCGUGGGACCUGGGUCGGUAAUACUUAUAUUGCCUUGUUAAAUUAAAUUAAAUUAUAACUCAAUCGUUGCAAUUUUAAGAUAACUCUAAGGCACUGCACGGAUAAAGUUUCAAUUUCUUUAUUAGUCUUAUUUACGCUUUUUCAGAUCAAAUGCUGCACUUUCCAUUUCGCUCGUUGCAAUUUGGAAUUCGAGAGAUUCAUCGUUUUAAUUUAGAAAUUGAGAUUUGUAGGGAAAGAAAGGAAAAGAAAGAGAGAAAAAAAGAAAAAAAAAAGAGAAAGAAGAAAAUUGCUCUCGGUUGGGCUCGAACCUGGGUCAACGGAUUGGUAGCCGAGUACGCCGACAGCGUUGCCACAUUGAUGGAUGGAAACGAGCGCGACCGAGACGCACGACCAACCAACCCACCGUGUCGAAUUAAUGGCCGACUCGAAGGAUUCGUCGAGCGAAGAAUUUUCGAUAUUUUGACGAUGUUCGAUGUUCCUCGGACGUUCGCGCCGUCGUCGCGUCGUCGCCGAUCACCAUCGUCGAGCUGAUCAUAGGAUUGAGCUGAAAAGAUGAGUGGUUAAAUGCACUUGUUACGCAAGGUGCUAGUGAACCUCGCCAUUAUUGCGGUGCUUCUGGUGAUACUUUAUUGUUAUCAAACGUCCACGAACGGUGCACGUUGGAUCGUGGGCCAGGCGGAAAGUCGAAAUGUCGAAGCCUCGACGAACGAAUUCGUUUCGACCACCUUAAGAGAGAUGAACGAUUCGAUCGUCGGACUAACCUCAAAGGAGAUCGUCCUCCCUACCGUUCCUUCGAUCGCUACCACCUUUCGGGAUAAGUUUUAUUACAACGUAUGGUGUAUAUUCACCAAAGUCGCUACGAAUUCACCGAUGCGAAGGAAGUUUUACGUUUUUACGAAAUCCUUGCUCUCGCUAGCUACCGUGGACAUCGCUUUCCACGUGAUAACCGACGACGACAGUCGUCCCAUCGCGCAGAACGUAGUGCAAAGCGUUGCGUCGUCCACCAAAAAGACUAUGAAAGUGCAAUAUUACAACGUACACGAGCUGGCUCAACAAUUGGAGGACAUAGUUUCCGUCAUGUCGCCGCAUUUCAGUAGCAAACCGGGGACUUAUUACUCGGACGCUCUCUUCUUUCUGUCUCUGGGAUUGCAUAGAAUAGCACCGGUCGAUCAGAAAGUGGCAGCCAUGUUCGACGCCGAUACAAAAUUUCGUAAGGACGUAAAAGAAUUGUUCAAGGAGUUCGACAACUUUGGGAAGCAAGCUCUCUUUGGUCUGGCGCCGGAGCUGACACCUGUGUAUCGGCAUGUCUUGUACUUAUAUCGUAGCAAACACGCGAAGACCGCGUAUGGGGAACCCACUCACGCCGGUGGCUUCCCAGGCUUCAACAGCGGCAUGGUCUUGUUCAAUUUAGAAAGAUUACGCGAGUCCUCCUUGUACGAACGAAUCGUUAGCAAGGAUAGCGUCGAUGCUAUGACGAAUAAAUAUCAUUUCAAGGGUCACUUGGGCGAUCAAGAUUUUUACACGAUAUUGGGUAUGGAACGACCCGAAUUAAUCCAUACCAUUGACUGCGGCUGGAACAAGCAAUUGUGCACGUGGUGGAGGGACCGUGGUUACGCGGAUGUAUUCGCCAAUUAUUCUCUCUGUAACUCGGAAACAAAAUUGUGGCAUGGGAACUGCAAUACUCCUAUACCCGACGAUUAAGUACUAUGAAUUUUAAAGACAUUCGAGUACGUAGAUACAUCGUCUUUGCAAGUCUACGUCAAGUUUCGAGAAUGAAAUAUCGCGAAUGGUUUUGAAACUCGUUACAUUUGAAAUCUGUGAUACAAAGUCGAGUAUAUUUUAUCUCGUCAAGUGGCAAUAUACGAUCAAGACUCUUCCAAUUGUAUAAAGGGAAAGAAGAAAUCAUUUUUGAUGGGCAAUAUUUAGAUCUAGCGAUUUAUACUGACAGAUACUUUUUAGAAGCGGGAGAGCAACUAUUGUAUUUUUAUGAAGCAUAAAGCAUAUUUACCUCGUUAA